UAAUUACCACUCAAAUUGACUCUCAACACGUGUUCAAGUGUUAAGUCAUUGAUAACUUAUUCGUUUUACGUCUCGAAUACAGAUGCCACUAAUUAUUAUUGAACAAUUAUUACGAAUGUGGUGAUAACAAAAUUAUAUAAUUAGUGAACAAUAACUUACUGUGAUAUUGACGUUAGUUGUAUUCGAGACUCUCACCUUGUAGGGUCAAGUCUAUCAACGAAGAUAAUAUAAAUUUGUUACUCAAUUUUGUAAAUUUACUCUUAAAAAUGGCUUGUGAAGGUGAUUUGAGGGACAAUAUGUUACUUGGGAUGGGUAAUCCCCUUCUCGAUAUCUCGGCAGUGGUUGAGGAAAAUUUACUGAAAAAAUACGAACUCAAAGAAAAUGAAGCUAUAUUGGCAUCUGACAAACACAACACCCUCUAUACUACACUGAUAGACAAAUACGAUGUGGAAUAUAUAGCAGGAGGUAGUGUCCAAAAUGCUCUCCGUGUAUGCCAAUGGUUAUUAGGCAAACCAAAAACUGUUACAUUCUUCGGUUGUGUGGGAGAUGAUGAAUUUUCUAAAAUCUUGAAGGAUCAAGCUCUAAAAGCAGGAGUUGACGUAAGAUAUCAGUACACAACGACUGAACCAACAGGAACUUGUGCAGUUCUUGUUACAAAUCAAAACAGAACGUUAUGUGCAAACUUGGCUGCUGCAAACUGUUUCACCAUGGAUCAUAUUGAAAAUCCUGAAAACAGAAAACUGAUUGAGACAGCUUCAUUUUAUUAUGUUUCUGGAUUUUUCCUGACUGUUAGUCCUCCUUCUAUUUUGGACGUAGCUAAUCAUGCUUAUGAAAAUAAGAAACCUUUCAUUAUGAAUCUAAGUGCAGAGUUUAUAUGUAAAUUCUUCAAGGAAAAGUUUAUGCAAGUGAUGCCUUAUGUUGAUAUCCUUUUUGGAAAUGAAGCAGAAGCCUUGGCUUUUGCUGAGAACACUGAUUUUGCUAACAAGAGCAUAAAAGAGAUUGCAGUUGCUAUUUCAAAACUUCCUAAAAAAGAUGAAAGCAAAGAACGUAUAGUAAUAAUAACCCAGGGUACCUUACCAGUUAUUUUGGUCAAUAAGGGAGAAAUUACUGAAUAUUCAGUUAGUUGCCUUCCCAAAGAAUCUAUCAUAGAUACAAAUGGUGCUGGAGAUGCAUUUGUUGGCGGUUUUUUGUCUCAAUAUAUCCAAGGAAAGAGUCUUGAAGUCUGUAUAAAAUGUGGUAUUUGGGCAGCCUCAGAAAUCAUUCAAAGAUCUGGCUGUACAUUUUCAGGCAAACCUUGUUUCGUUGAAAGCUGGGAAAACACACUUCUUGGAUAUGGUCUUCCACUCUUAGAUCUUAUAGUUCGAGUCGAUGAUGAUUACUUGAUGAAGCAUAAGCUAAGGAAAAACAAAACAGUACCUGCUACCGAAGAGCAUAACGAAUUAUUCAAGGAUAUCAUAGAAAAUCAAAAUCCGACAUAUGUAGUUGGUGGAUGUGUACAUAAUGCAUUAUAUGUAAUGCAAUGGAUUAUAGAGAAACCAAAUGUGGCAACAUUUUUAGGAUGUGUUGGGGAUGAUGAAUACGCAGAUAUUGUUGAAAAGGCAGCUUUGGAAGUUGGUAUCAAUGUUCAGUUUGAGAAAUUGCAGACAGAAGCUACUAGUUCUUGUGCUGUUUUAGUUACUGAUAAGGACAGAACUUUAGUAACAAGAAUACGAACACUUAAUCGUUUUUCUGAAGAAUAUUUAAAAAACAUUUGGCACUACGUUGAAAAGUCACAAUUUUUCUACAUAAUGGGCUUUUCUUUAUCGACAGACUUUAUUUUCACCAUGAAAGUUGCGAAGCAUUCCAAUGAAAAUUGUAAGAAAUUCAUAAUGAAUUUGUCAGCAGAAUAUAUUUGCAAAAAGUACAUUAAGGAAUUUGUUGAAAUAUUUCCUUACAUUGAUAUCAUUAUUGGAAAUGAAUUGGAAUUGCUUGCUUUUGCUGCUGCUCUGGAUAUAAAAGACUGCAAUGCUAACAGCAUGUGCCUAGAAAUCGCCAACUUACCAAAAAUAAAUAAUAAACUCAAAAGAAUAUGUAUAAUAACAAGAAAUAAAAAACCGUUAAUUUUUGCUAAAGGGAAUGAAGUGAAGGAAUAUCCCGCAAUUUUGGUAUCUCAAGAGGAAAUUGUUGAUUCAAAUGGAGCAGGAGACGCCUUUGUUGGAGGGUUUUUAGCACAAUUAGUAGCUGGACGAAAUUUGGAAGAAUGUAUCAAGUGUGGACAAUGGGCUGCUAGCAUAAGUUUACGUCAUAUAGGGUGUAAAAUGGAUGAUGAAUCCAAAAACAAAUAAAUAUAAAAGUGAGUGUAGACUUAA